UCGGUCGAUGACAGAUCGACUACGACAGCAAAAAGAAAAGUGAAAAUUAAGCAGUGAAAAAUCUAAUCAAUAGUUUCCAAUUUUUCGGUAGUUUUCCUUGCUUUGGUGUGGACUUUCAAUGCAGUAGCCGUCCCCGUAGUGACUCGCCGCUGGUAAGAAUGAAAUCCUUAGCAUCCGUUGCCUUGUGGACGGUGCUACUGCUGCUGUUUACAGUUUGCUCCGACGGCCGACGACAUCAUCUGGAAGUUCGGGAUGAUUUACGACGAUACAUCCCGUUAAGUACGUUCGGGUUCUACCCCGGAGGCAUCCUGGAUGUGAAGUUUUCCAAUUUUAUGGUCGUUCCCCAUACCGAUAGCAAUGUUUAUGGACUUUCGUUGGAUAAAACACUUUCGGAUGCGAUGAACCCGUACUUGGAUACCCAUCAGGACAAUUGUAUUCUUCGUGAACCGAUAAGUUCCCUACGAAGUGGUCCUAUUCUAUUCUUCAUAAUGGAUUUACAGCGAGAAGUAGUUCAUCUGAAUUGUUCAAGCGAGUGGCAAAAUACGCACAUCUAUAAGGACGCUAGCCAUAUUCCGCCGAUGCGUGGGAAACGACAAUCGUUUGCAACGGUGAGCGAUUCCAAGUCAAUGUACAUGCAACGUCGGAAACGGGAAGCUACUGAUCUGGUUUCCGUAUGUCGCAACUACAAUUUGACAUUGACCUGUACGAAGAAUAAUCUCCCAUUCAAAGUUUGCAGCUUUACAUUUGCAAUGGAAGUCUCGAAUAAAGCCGACGAGGGGCUCUACAAUCUGUAUUUCCACAGCUGUCCAAACUACGACAUAAGUACUUUAUACCCGCUUCAAUUCGACGUCGAUAUCGAGGAAAAGAACGGCCAAAAUUACCUCUCGGCGGGAGAGAUGCCACUCCCGGCGCUUUACUUCAUGAUGUCGUUGUUGUUUUUCCUGUCCGGUCUGUUUUGGGUGUUCAUCCUGAAGAAGAGCAAGCAUCCCGUUUUCAAGAUCCACUACCUCAUGGCGGUUUUGGUUUUCCUGAAGUCGCUCUCGUUGCUAUUCCAUGGGAUUAAUUUUCAUUUCAUUCAGACCAAGGGCGAACAUGUUGAAGCGUGGGCAAUUUUGUAUUAUAUUACUCAUUUACUGAAAGGAGCGGUCCUGUUCAUUACGAUCGUCCUGAUUGGUACCGGAUGGACCUUCAUCAAGCACAUCCUGGCCGACAAGGACAAAAAGCUGUUUAUGAUAGUGAUUCCGCUGCAGGUGCUGGCCAAUGUGGCGGAAAUCAUAAUCGCCGAGAGCGAGGAGGGCGACAAGGAGCACAGCACGUGGCGGGACAUUUUCAUACUGGUUGAUCUGCUGUGUUGCGGAGCGAUUCUGUUCCCAGUGGUGUGGUCCAUCCGGCACUUGCAGGAAGCGGCCGGAACGGACGGGAAAGCUGCAAUUAAUUUGCGCAAACUGAAACUGUUCCGCCAGUUCUACAUCAUGAUCGUUUGCUACAUCUACUUUACGAGGAUUAUCGUGUAUUUGCUGAAGAUUACCGUUGCAUUCCAGUACGCCUGGUUGGACGAGAUGUUCAAAGAAAUGGCCACGUACGUGUUCUUCGUUCUAACUGGGUACAAGUUCCGCCCGGUGUCGCAAAAUCCCUAUUUCUCGAUGCACGCCGACGACGACGAUGAUGACGACGAAGUGGAAAUCCUCACCCAAACGGGCCUGACCGAAGGAAUCAGCAAGGUGACCAAUCGUUCGCAACCGCUGGGUACCACAGUACACGAAGGUAACGAAGAGGAGCGGGAAAAUUUAAUCAGUAAACGAGAAUCGUCGCACGAGUAUGAUUAAGUUUUUUUUUAUUCCAAAAGCCUAUUAAUCCGCUGUAAUUAUUGAUAGAGUACCUAUGUUGUAUCUUUACUUAUGCUGCCGGUGGACGCAUAGUUGUCCCAUGUGUAUAGGGAAUCCCAGCAAACAUGAGACAAUUAUACUUCCACCGGCAGUAUGGUUAGUCAUCGAUAUCUAACUUACUCUAACUGCCCUUGGGCGACGCGAGAGUGAACAGUUAUAAUAGGAUUUCUGCUCACAACAGUCGUCCGAUUCAAAGCUAAUUUGUUGAUGGCAGUUUGGUGCGAUCGUUUCUCGUUUUCGACUCGGAGAAGGCAGACUGUGAAGAAUAAAUUUGUAUUUUAAGGGGGCUUAUUCUGUGAUUUUGUUUUUUAUACAUAAAUAGUCUGAAGUACUGUGCAGUGCGUAGAUAUUGUUUUUAAAUUCUUUUGUCGUGUCGUCGACGAGGAUAUAAACUUCUGCCCUGUAGUUUUAGGAUGUGACCAAAAAUCAAGCAACAAGAAUGAUAACAGAUAAUAUUUUGAUAAAUUUCCCACUCAUAUUGAUGCAGCUAAUAGUAGAAUUGAUUGAAUUUUAGAAUCUUGCAGCAGUAUAGUACGCAUCGAUAAUACCCUAAAUGAAUUACAUACAAAACAAUAUGAGACAUUCACUCUCGUCCCUUAGAUAGAUAGUUCAGCGGAAUGCAAACUCUCCGUGUCAAAAAAAAAGAUAUUUUUGGACCACGUGAUUGAAUGAUAGCUGAUUAUGAUGCAUUAUGUGUAUAAAUGAAUUAAGUAAUAAUGAUAAUAAUAAUGUACCGACGUUUCACUAAAUAACAAAA